AUGUUACCAAGAAUUCAGCUAUUACGGAUAUAUUGUAUGCUCGUCGUUUAUCUCAAUUUACAUGGUGAACAGUAUGUGGGAAGUGUGACCGAAUUUGUCGGGACAGUGAAGAAUUUGAGCGUAAUUGCUCUGCAAGAUGAGAAAUAUCUUACAAGUGAUAACGCGUACAACUUUGUAAAACUAAAUAUAUCAUGGCUGCCUCCGGACAGUGGCAGACAACCAUCAUCCUACAGCGUUAUAGUCACAGAUGCGCAAACAGGAGAGGGAGCAAGUACCUCGGAAUGUCCAGAAGGCUCAAUUUUUUACAUAUCGAAUAACGAUAAGCAACGUUAUGUCUUGUUACCAGAAAACAAUAUGUUCAUUGACAUGCCUGAUUUGCAUGUCCGACCCAAUUGUUCCUACAAGGUACAAGUCAUUGCAAAUCCAAGAACAAAGUCACUGGUAAAUCCACCCGAAAUUCUCUAUACCGUUCCGGAAUGCAUAGGCCGUAAAUGCAGCUGCGUUAAUGCCAAAAUAAUGUUGCCAAUACCAACAAUAAACAUCACUCGAAAAGAAAAGGAAAUGAUUUCAAUAAAUUGGAGCGUAUCCUCUAAUUCUAACGCUUCUAAUGUACAUUAUUAUAUAAUUAGUGUCGGCGUGCCUCUGUUAACUUCGAGAAAGGGCUUGCCAGUUUAUAAUAUAACAAAAAUAGGACACGUACCCGCAGGAAAGACAAAUUUCUCAUGGAACAUGAAAUCUCAUGAUCGAUACACUGAGGUAACGGAUGGUUACAAGGUGAUGGUUAAUGCUGUGAACAAUCACGGUUGUUUUGGAACAGAGGGAAUUUUCAUACUACAUUCUACAUCACCGGAGGAUACUGCCGAAACCAUUGGUCACAAUGCACGAUGGUUUAUAAUCAUUGGUGCAUUAGGUGUUUGUUGUAUACUGUUUGGUACAUUUAGUUUUAUACUGUAUCAUAAUAGUAAUAACUUCCGUACAACAUUUUAUAAUAACUCUCGAGCACACAGAAUUCCCAAAUGUAAAUCUCUAUGGGUAGAAGCAAUUCUUCAAAGGCACAAUAUUUUGUACUUUCAACCCAAGUCUGAGGAAGAGUGCAAGCAAGAUGCAAAGAAAUUACAAGUACCAUUUAAAAGCGUAAAACUCGUACGCGAAUUGGGUAGUGGACAUUUUGGUAAGGUGUAUCUUGGUCGUGUAGACGACGCCAACGACACCCUAGUUGCAGUUAAAAUGUCACACGAUUCGGAGGUACGUCGAGAAUUUCUAGAGGAAAUCGAGAUGAUGCAGAAGGCAGGAACUCAUCCUCACUUGGUGAGCCUUGUCGGCUAUUGCAUUGAACCGGAUAAGCCGACAUGCAUUCUCCUCGAGUACAUGCAAGGUGGAGAUCUGUUGACUUUCUUACAACUUGAAAAAAAAAACCAAACAAGCAAAAUAGUUUGUAAAGACGGAAAUACGGUCAGAUAUUUAUGGAAACGGAAUAUCUCGGAAACUCUAUAUAUGAAUAUAAAUUUCAUUGCGUCUAGCAAAGAAAGCAAUUACAAAUCAAAACAACUUGUACCAAAGUACAUGAAUAUUGGCAACGAAGAAGAGAGAGACACAAGCAAUACAGAUGAAAACUGUAUACAUAAAAUGGAACGGCAUCAAUUUUUAAAAUUUGCUAUAGAGAUUGCUACUGGUAUGGAGUAUUUGGAAAGCAAAGAAAUUGUUCAUAGGGAUCUAGCAGCAAGAAACAUACUUGUCAGUGCAGACUUGACUUUAAAGAUCUCCGAUUUUGGGCUCUCACGUAGCGGUAUAUACGUAAUAAAAAGUAGCAAAGGGAAAACUCAUCAUCUCCCAGUAAGAUGGAUGUCCCCGGAGGCUUUACGUGACCGCUCGUUCUCCUCGAAGAGCGACGUAUGGUCUUUUGGAGUGGUGAUGUGGGAAAUUGGAACACUUGGUUCUUUUCCUUAUUCAGACGUGCAAGACGAUCGUUUGCUGCGUUACGUCGUUUGCGAGAACGGCCGUUUGGAACAACCCGAGUCUGUUCCAUCUGAGAUUUACGGUAUAAUGCGUUCCUGUUGGGCUACGGAUCCUGAAAGUAGGCCCAACUUCUCGCAGCUGAUUUUAGAAUUGCGAACUCUAAUGAAUUCUGUAACCUCCCUUCGAUCAGCGUCCAAUCCUUGUUACACGCUUUCAUUUUAAAGACACA